CAGAGAGAUAAAAAACAAAACACAAGUGUUGAGCGUGUUUUAUUAGUGUCCCUCUCUUUCUCUGUCCUUAAAAACACAGCAACAACCGACUUUAUUACAUUAUAAUACCCCUCUUCCUUAUCAUCUCUAUCUACCACCAUCUCUUCUCUUCACAUAGGAGAAAAGAAGAGCUGAGACAGAAACUCUCUUUCUCUCUUUACCCAGAGUUUUGUCAAACUGUGAAGAAAACAACUCACAAAAUCUAACUAUGAAUAAACAAGAUGUUAUGAAGCUUCAGACAUGUGUUCUGAAAGUGAACGUACACUGUGAAGGAUGUAAGCAUAAAGUGAGGAAACAGUUGCAGAAAAUCGAAGGAGUGUACUCUGUAAAAGCAGAUGUGGAACAGGGGAAAGUCACUGUAACAGGAAACGUUGACCCAGCUAUCCUCGUUAAGAAACUGAGCAAGUCAGGGAAACACGCCGAGAUCAUAGGCGGCGGAGGAGGCGGAGGAAAAGGGUUUCCUAAUCUGAAUGGGCAGUUUGGUAAUCUCAGUAUGAACGGGAAAGGUGGGAAAGAGAGCAACCAAGCUAAGGGGAAACCUAAUGGUGGUGGUGGUGGUGUUGGUGGGGGACAUGGAGGUCAACCAAUGCAAUUGACACCACAGCAGAUUCAACAAAUGAUGAUGAUGAAGGCUGCUCAAGCUCAAGGUGGUGGUGGUGGUGGUGGUGGUCAUGGCGGGAAGGAUAUGAAGAUGAUGAUGCCUCCUGUGGCGUCCAAGGAUCAGAAGAAGUCUGUUAAGUUUGCUGAAGAGGAGGACGAUGAGUUUAGUGAUGAUGAUUACGAUGAUGAGUUCAGUGAGGAUGAUUAUGAUGAUGAUGAGUUCGAUGAUGAGGAUGAGGAUGAUGAUAUGGGAGGAGGACAUGGUCAUGGUGGGGGAGGAGGUGGUAAUCAUCACAUGCCUCCUAACAAGAUGAUGAUGAUGCCUAACAAGAUGAUGCCUCAAAUGGGUGGUGGUGGUGGUGGAGCUAAGGGACCUAAUGAGAUGAUGAUGAUGAUGAAUGGUUUCAAAGCCGGCGGUGGUGGUGGCGGCGGAGGAGAGGGGAAGAAAGGUGGUGGCGGGUUUGAGAUUCCGGUGCAAAUGAAGGGAAUGGGUGAGGGUAAAAUGGGGAAAGAAGGCAAGAAAGGAGGAGGAGAUAAAGGUGAUAAAGAAGGAAAAAAGAACAAAGGAGGUGGGGGCAAAAAUGGAAAAACAGAUGCCAAAAGUGGUGGUGGUGGCCUGCUAGGGUUUUUCAAAAAUGGUAAAAGUGGUAAAGGAGAUGAGAAGAAGGGAGGUGGUAAGAAAGAAGGAGGCGGUGGAGGUGAUAAGGUCAAAUCCUCCGGUGGUGGGGGAGGAGGAGUUCAUCAUUAUGACAGUGGGCCUAAAAAAGGUGGAGGUGGUGGGUCAAAAGGAGGAGGACAUGGGGCCCAUGAUAUUAAUGAGCUCAUGAAACACCACAAAGCAGGCGGAGGAGGAGGAGGUAACAAGGGUAAUCAUAGUGCUAAGGGGAUGGGUGGACCAAUGGGUCAAGGCGGUCCGAUGGGUAUGAUGGGUCAAGGCGGUCCUAUGGGCAUGAUGGGACACCAAGGUGGUCAGAUGGGUCCUAUGGGACAUCAAGGUGGCUCUUACCCGGCGGUUCAAGGCUUGCCGAUGAGUGGAGGUGGAGGUGGAGGAUAUUAUCCACAACCAGCUCAGGCAAGUCAUCAAAUGAACCAACAACAAUAUAUGCAAAUGAUGAUGCAUCAGCAACAACAACAAGCUGCAGCUGCAGCUCAUGGAGGAUAUGGUGGUGGUCACGGUGGAGACAUGUACCAUCCAAUGAUGUAUGCUCGACCUUAUCCGUCGGUGAACUAUGCUCACCCACCGCCUAUGCCGCCUCCACAUUCGGAUUCUUAUACUCAUAUGUUCAGCGAUGAGAAUCCAGGUAGCUGUAGUAUAAUGUGAUCUUUUGUAAUGUUUUAAUUAGAAGAAAAAACGGAUAUGAAUAUGUUUGUCUUAGAACUCUUUAUUAUGUAUUUUUUUGGGAUGUCUUUUUUCUUUUAAAACUCUCUUGAGGG